AAAGCCCCGAUUUAAAUAACACGCUUUGUGCACACCAGCUGGCUCUGGCUUCGGCUCGUGUUUUUCUUUAUUAAGAGGUCCGCAAUUGACUAACCGGCCUUAUUCUCGAUUGGAAAGGACACGCGCGUGUGCAGAAAGUGUUGUUGACGCGUGGACCGAACAGGCCAUCCGAGAGACGAAACGGGGUCAGCGGCGGAAAAGGAGGACUCCUCCUCCCGUCACUUCGUCGACUCUCGGCCCACGGUGACAUGUCUUUCGUCGGGGUAGGACUAACCCACAGUAUCUGUCACCCUACAAUGGGCUGUGGGAGAUCAGCUCAACUCGGAGAAUCCCCGUGCAGCUGUUCAGUGAGCCGCAGAUAGGACCGCGACGUCGGACCGAGUCAAUGACGGUGGCCUGUCCGCUAUUGAGCUGCGCUUCCCGGCCCGGUGUCUCGCAGUCUGCCGUGCACAGUGCGCGUAUGCAGUCGGAGUAAAGGAGAAGAAAGGCAAAAAAGAAAGAAGAAAAAAAAAGUCCUCCGUGAAACACUUCAGAUGUUGAAAGCCAGACAUCGUGGGACUGAAUCGGUUUCUUCAUAGUUCCGCUGAGCGGAUGGAGUGAAUUGUGCAAACGGGUGAAAGAAGACAGACCGCAGUUUGGUUGCGUGUGAUGAUAGGAGACACAAUGACGCUCUUGUCUCUUCUGGGUCGGAUCAUGCGUUAUUUUCUCCUCAGGCCGGAGACGUUGUUCCUGCUGUGCAUCAGCCUGGCGCUGUGGAGUUACUUCUUCCACACGGACGAGGUGAAAACCAUCGUCAAGUCCAGCCGGGACGCCGUGAAGAUGGUGAAGGGGAAAGUGGCGGAGAUGAUGCAGAACGACCGGCUGGGAGGCCUCAGCGUCCUGGACGCGGAGUUCUCCAAGACCUGGGAGUUCAAGAACAACAACGUCGCGGUGUACUCCAUCCAGGGGAGGCGGGAUCACAUGGAGGAUCGCUUCGAGGUGCUCACCGACAUCACCAACAAGAGCCACCCGUCUAUAUUCGGGAUAUUUGACGGCCACGGUGGAGAGGCUGCAGCUGACUAUGUGAAGGCCCACCUGCCAGACUCCCUGAAGCAGCAGCUGCAGGCCUUUGAGAGAGAGAAGAGAGACGGCGCUCUGUCUCACGGCAGCAUCCUCGAGCAGCGCAUCCUGAACGUGGAUCGUGAGAUACUGGACAAGCUCUCUGCCAACCACGAUGAAGCAGGAACGACAUGCUUAGUGGCCCUGCUAUCGGACAGAGAACUCACAGUGGCAAACGUUGGAGACUCUCGCGGCGUGUUGUGUGACAAAGAUGGCAACGCUGUUGCACUGUCGCACGACCACAAGCCGUACCAGCUGAAAGAGCGCAAGAGGAUCAAGAGGGCAGGAGGUUUCAUCAGUUUUAAUGGAUCCUGGAGAGUCCAGGGGAUCCUGGCUAUGUCUCGCUCUCUAGGGGACUACCCGCUUAAAAACCUCAACGUAGUCAUCCCCGACCCCGAUAUCAUGACCUUUGACAUGGACAAGCUGCAGCCAGAGUUCAUGAUCCUGGCAUCAGAUGGCCUGUGGGACGCUUUCAGCAACGAGGAGGCCGUUCGGUUCGUCCGCGAGCGUCUGGACGAGCCUCACUACGGCGCCAAGAGCAUCGUCCUCCAGUCUUUCUACCGCGGCUGCCCCGACAACAUCACCGUCAUGGUGGUGAAGUUCAAAAGUGGAGCUGGGGGGAGCAGCAAGGCGGGGGAGUAGGUCAGGGUCCAGUUUAGAGCUCACAUUGUGAUCAAUGGUUUUCCACAUCUUCUGGUUGGAGCAGUGAGAGUGAUAUAACAGGAGGACUGGAGGAAGUUUAAAUGUGGACACUGAGAACUAAACACAUGCAAAAACGUGUUUAAAAAAAACAAUGCUUUGUUUUGUUUGUGGGUUUUUAAUUGACAUAAGGGCACACAAUACCUAUCUCAAAACCAGUGUUUCAAUUCAUGAUAAAUACAUAAAAUACUGAAAACAGUGGAGAUGCAUAAACACACAUAGACAGACAGACACCAGACAGGGGAUUUCUCUUAACCAGCACCCAUUAGACUGUGAGUGAAUAGCUACUGUUUGCUGUACAUGCACAUAAGUGGUACAGCUCCACUGGAGGCUUCUUCAAAGAAGGCUUCAACUAGUGCCUACUUAAGAAUCACUGUGCAACCGCAGGAAGCUACUGAAAAUGUAUUCGCGAUUACGCCAACGUCUGUCACAGUUUUGACCUGGAACAUUUCCAAUACAAAAAGACUCCAGUGGAUCCAUACCUUUAUUGAACUUGAAGUGAUGCUGCACCUAGAAUCUGACUCUUGAGUAUCAAACACUCAGCGCCUGCAGACUUAGAGGUAGCUCUUAACCAUAGUUUCACCCUCUGCUGCAGUCAGCGUGAAACGGUGUCACAGGGAAAAAGAAGUUGCACGAAUAUGAAUUCAAACAGCAAGAGCUCUGAUUGGCCAGCUGCUGUUUUGGCAGGACUCCCAUCCCAGCUCCCACUGCUGCUCUGUGGGUUGGAUUUAGGUGCUUGCACAUCUUUAAAUUACAAAGAACUGGACAUUGUAAAUGUUUAAGCAAGAAACUUGAGCAAUUUGAAUAUCACAUAAAAAAAUGUAAAAAGUAAUGUCAUUAAAUUUAAACACUAGUAAUAAUAGUUCAUCAUUUAAAGAUGAAAGUAAACAGAAUUAGUAAUACACACUUUUACUUUGAGUUUUGUAUGUAGAUUUGAUCAAUCAAUUUAUGAGCUGAGGGUUGGUCUUGCCGCUUUUGUCAUUGAAGGCUGAAACUGCAAAAUUGUGCAGAUGGUAUAGUGAUACUCAGAAGAGAGAUUAUGGGUGGAGUAUUACUUCAAAAUACAACACAUGCACACAGACACAUAAACGGUUAUGUUAAAAAUAAAAAAUACAAGCACUUUUUAGAUGUUUAUUUUUUAGAAUGGAGAAUUCUUACAUAUCAGCCAAUGUAAACGCUGUAUACCCUCAGUAAUACAAGAGGGUUUUAUUACAUGUAGAACCUGACUUAGUUCCUGACCUCCACUUCUUGGUACUGCAGUUUUAUGGAGCUAAAGUGAGGUGUUCCAUCAAAGUUGUUUUACACCAUCUGUAUCAGGGCAUGCUUCCGCUUAUCUAUGUUCAUGAACAAAGUGCAUACAAUGUUACCAUUGACACUGGUGCCUCCCUUUGACCUGGGAAAAUUCCUCCAGAAAAGAACUAAGAGGUGACACAUUGGGAAUUUCACAACCGGAAUGCUAGUAGCUAGUAAUAUAAUAUGCUCCUGCAGCAAUACGACAGCACCAACCUGUCAAGCAAGGUUACAGUAAAACGUAAUGUGCUGCUGUUUCCAGUUCAACUACAGUUUACCACUGUGUUUAAUGACCUGAGAGACGCCUUUUUUUUGUUUUUGUUUACCGAAUGCCUUAUUUAUUGUUGAGUGUUUGGGUGUGUCUGUCAAUUACUAAAUCAGUACACUGUAUAAUAUAUUUCUUGCGCUUCGGUAAAUUAACCAUCACUUGACACAUGUUGAGCCGAUGCUGUGAAAAGAGAAGGCAGUGUAAAAAUAAAUCUGUAUGUAAACUAUCAGUAAUAAACUCUUUCAUCUUGAA